CGAUAACGUUGUUGAAUUUCUAUGUAUUACAUAUUACACCCACAAGAACGUUGCUGUUGAUUGUAAAUUUUAAUACACAAUCGGUGGUGCAGAUAGGUCAAUAAUGCGUAGUUGGUAAAUAAAGUCACGCAUCUCAGUGCUAUGUGACAACUUUUGGACCAGACCAGCGAGCAUGGCAAGAAUAUUUUAAAGUUAGGGAUAAUUCAUUACACUUUUAGCCUGUUUCUAUGAUUCCUCUUCCUCUUUUAUAUAUUUUUACGACAAGUGGCUGGACGAAUAUCUUGAUAUUUCUAAAUAUUCAGAUGCAAAUUAGAUAUUUUUAAAAAACUACAUACUAAAUAACUUUACUAUUUACUACAAUUUGCAAAAUGAUUUUAAUACGAUAUUCAUUUGUAAGAUAUUUACUAACUGAAGCCUUUUAACAAAAAAAAAAGAUAUUUACUAAUAGUAUAUAAAAUUGUAAUUUUUUUCCUUGAAAUGUCACAUUUUUUUAUAAAUGGCAAAUUUAUACAAGAUUGACGCAAACUGUUAAAACCAUGUACGACAAAUAAUCAUUUGCCACCCAUGUUUCUGAUAUAUAGUUCUAAUAAAAAAAUGGAAAAUGUAAUUUAAAAGGUCUAAUUUACUUAAACUCCAUUUAGGCUUUUUUUAAUGUCUGAUUAAUUAUGCUAUUACAACGCUGAGAAAUAUUUCAGAAACGAUUUUACAUCCGACAAUUCUACUAUCAUAUGAGAAUAUACGUCUGACUGCGUCACUUCGAACCACCCUAUGAGAUCCAUGUUCAAUGAUAUUUACAGAAGAUCUCUUGUAAUAUUUUUUCUUCAUAAUUUACAUAAUUUAUGUUUUUUGAGAUUUGAAUUUCAGACUUUGUGGUAUAAAAGUAUUAAUGAACCCUUAGUCAAACUACUGAACUAAUGACGAGGGAACAUGAAGGGUAAUGUGGAUCAGUCCCAAAAAGUACUCGCAUUAUAAAAGAAGAGGUGACAUCGAUCUUUAACUUUAAACACAUGUGAUCCAAUUUAUGGGGGAGGAAAUGGGCCACAGGCCUUUGAAGAAAAAAGGAGAACGGGCCUAAAACUAAGGCAUUAUUGCUCUACUUCACAGGCCUUUAACCAUUUUUAAUUUUGGAUUUAGAUUUUAACCCUCGUCCUCUUAUUUUAUUAUUGUAGAUUUUGUCGUCGUCUCUCCUCCCUUCCCUGUAAAUUAUAUAUACACAUAAAAGGGUAUAUACUCUUUAAGAUGCGUAUGAGUCCGCUCCUUCCGUAUUUUCUGUCUGAAUUUGGGUGCUUUUCUUCUCUGUCGGGAUUCUAGGUUUCAGAAAUUAUAAUUAUUUUGAAAAAAAUAGUUCCACUUUGGGUUUCACAAAAUUAUUGGGGGUUCUCUUUGUUGAUUUGUUCGUAGCGUAUACACUGAUUCAAGUAUUUUAUUUUCUUCUUUAAUAAAACAAAACAAGAAGUGUACUUUAAUAAUGCGGCAAUGCCGUACGAUAAGACAAUAUAUAAUAUGACUUUUUAUGGUAAUAAAAAAAGGAAACAGGUCAAAAGAAGCCACUUAAAAGAUGGCAAGUGUCAAGAUAUGACAAGCGAUUUAUGUUUAAAAUAGUAAGAAGCCUUUUGCCCUAAAUUCCCAAACUAGCCAUAUGUUCUUUCCUUUUGUGGGCUCUUCUCAGCUCUCUGCUCUGUCUCUUUCUUUCUAUUUAUAAUUUCGAUCACAGAACUCACAUUGGUUUUCUUCUCGAGCAGAUCUAGCGCGAUCUGUUUUUCUCCAAUUAGAUUCUUUGACGAAGCGGUGAGAAAAUGGGAAGGGGAAAGAUCGCGAUUAAGAGGAUCGAUAACUCGACGAGUCGUCAGGUGACUUUCUCCAAGAGAAGGAACGGCUUGUUGAAGAAAGCCAAGGAGCUUGCGAUUCUUUGCGAUGCUGAAGUUGGUGUUAUCAUCUUCUCUAGUACUGGCAGGCUCUACGAUUUCUCCAGCUCCAGCAUGAAAUCGGUAAUAGAGAGAUACAGAGAUGCCAAAUGUGACACCAAUUCGGAAAUGAACCCAGCUUCAGAACUCAAGUUUUGGCAAAACGAGGCUGCGAUUCUAAAGCGUCAGCUACAUAACUUGCAAGAAAACCACCGGCAAAUGAUGGGUGAAGAGCUCUCUGGACUAAGUGUGGAAGAUCUUCAGAAACUGGAGAAUCAGCUUGAGAUGAGCCUUCGUGACGUACGAAUGAAAAAGGAACAAAUGUUAGUCGAAGAAAUAAAAGAACUGAACCGAGAGGGUAAUCUCGUGCACCAAGAGAAUUUAGAGCUCCAUAAGAAAGUAAACCUAAUGCACCAGCAGCACAUGGAGUUACAUAAGAAGGUUUCAGAGGUUGAGAGUGUGAAAAGCGCAGACAAAAUUUCUCUUCUCACAAAUGGUCUAGACAUGGGAGGUAACUCGAGCGAACAUGUCCAUCUUCAGCUCAGCCAACCCCAGCAGCAUGACGAAACAAGUUCCAAAGCUAUCCAACUAAGCUAUUUUUCUUUCAUUGCGUGACAUAACUCAAUUUGACAUUAGCAGCUUGCCAUUGAAUAAACAAAGCAAACACAAACAUGAUCAGAGAUUGUAAUCACAUCUCGAUCAGAAACCAGCUUUGUAUUUUUAUUUUAGUUUCUCUGCAAAGAACAUUGGUUUGGCGUUUAUGCAUGUACUGUGAUGGACCUGAUGGUCAAAGAAUGUAGUGUUUUUUUUUUCUCAGGUUCGGAGAAGCCUAUCUAUAUUUAUAUUAUUUUUUCAAA